UAGCGUUGAAUUCUAAAACGAUAAUAUUGGAAUAAGUGCGCGCAAGCAAACCAUCAUUUCUACUAUUUUCCGUUUGCGUUGCUUGCAGUUACCCAUUUCUCACGACACAAACCUUAUUCCCUAGAGAUCGCCGGAAAAUCUGACGACGGCGAUUUCUUUCUGUUAGGGUUCCGGCGAGUUAGGGUUUGAAUGGCUUCGGAAGAUGUCGUAGGAAAGACAAGUGAUACGGCGGUGUCCACGAUCGUCAAUCUGGCCGAAGAAGCGAAGAUCGCCAGUGAGGGAGUUAAGGCUCCGAGUCACGCCAUACUCAGCAUAUGCAAGUCUCUCGUCGCCGGUGGAGUCGCCGGAGGAGUGUCACGUACUGCUGUUGCUCCAUUAGAACGGCUAAAAAUUUUGCUCCAGGUUCAAAAUCCUCAUAGUAUAAAAUACAAUGGAACAGUCCAAGGCUUGAAAUAUAUUUGGAGAACUGAGGGUUUCCGAGGAUUAUUCAAAGGCAAUGGCACCAAUUGUGCUCGGAUUGUCCCAAACUCAGCAGUGAAGUUCUUUAGCUACGAGGAAGCGUCCAAGCAAAUUUUAUGGCUUUAUAAACGGCAAACUGGAAAUGAGGAUGCUGAACUCACUCCUCUUUUACGCCUUGGAGCUGGUGCAUGUGCUGGUAUUAUUGCCAUGUCAGCAACUUAUCCAAUGGACAUGGUACGAGGCCGGCUUACUGUCCAGACAGAUAAGUCUCCUCGCCACUAUAGGGGAAUCGCCCAUGCUCUUUCCACAGUUCUUCGCGAAGAAGGUCCUCGUGCUUUGUACAAAGGAUGGCUCCCUUCUGUUAUAGGAGUUAUACCAUACGUGGGUCUCAACUUUGCCGUCUAUGAAUCUUUAAAAGACUGGUUGAUCAAAUCUAGACCAUUUGGACUAGUUGAAGACGCUGAGUUGAGUGUCACGACAAAGCUUGCAUGUGGGGCCGCUGCUGGAACAGUUGGCCAGACAGUUGCUUACCCUCUUGAUGUCAUCCGUCGAAGAAUGCAGAUGGUGGGCUGGAAAGGUGCUGCUUCAGUUGUCACUGGUGAUGGGAAGAGCAAGGUGCCACUUGAAUAUACUGGUAUGGUUGAUGCAUUCAGGAAAACCGUUCGGUAUGAAGGAUUUGGAGCUUUGUACAAGGGUUUGGUCCCCAAUUCAGUUAAGGUGGUGCCAUCCAUUGCAAUCGCAUUUGUGACGUACGAGGUGGUGAAGGACAUUCUUGGAGUUGAGAUGAGGAUAUCCGACUGAAAGGAGAAGGAAGUUCAGGUUAUUUGUUGGACUUCGUGCUGAUUUUGGAAUGGAGAAAGGUAAAAUGGCACGGAAGUAUUUUUUUUGUCAGAUUACGAGGAGGCUUAGAAACUCAGUUCUAGUCCAUGUUGAUAUUUUCCGACCAAUCUGUACCUUUUAUCUUUCUCCAUCCGCUUAGCUUUUAGCUUUCUCAUUCAUAUACACUACCAAUAAUGAUGUGUCAAGAAACAUACUCUUGGAUGCAUUUUAGUUGCUUUCUAGAAAUUUCAACUUUUCCUUUGUUCAAGUAUCGCGUGACCGGUUUGGUGUUCUAUAUGCAUUUCCAGUUUUUAUUUCA